AUGCGCUGGGGGGGCCUGAUCCUGCUCUGCCUGCUCCGCGCGGCGCUGGGCGCAGGACGCCCCCCUGGGAGCCCAGCGAUGGGUGAAGGCCCAGGGACCGAAGGGACCCGCAUCAGCCAGGACCUGGUGGGGGGCAGCUUGGCCAUCGACACGCUGCCGGCCAACGAGACACGGAUCGUGGAGGACAACCACAGCUACUACGUGUCACGGGUCUAUGGGCCAGGGGACGCGCGUCUGAGGGCGCUGUGGGUUGACCUGGCCGCAGCCAACAGGAGCCAAGUGAAGAUCCAUGGGAUCCUCUCCAACAUGCACCGACAGGCCUCGAGAAUCGUCCUCUCCUUUGACUUCCCCUUCUAUGGCCAUCUCCUGCGGCAGGUCACGAUAGCGACGGGUGGCUUCAUCUUCAUGGGGGACGUCAUCCACCGGAUGCUCACGGCCACGCAGUACGUGGCUCCCCUCAUGGCCAACUUCAACCCCAGCUACUCCCGCAACUCCACCGUCCAGUACAUGGACAACGGGACGGCGUUUGUGGUGCAGUGGGACAAGGUCUAUCUUCAGGGGAAGGAGGACAUGGGCAGCUUCACCUUCCAGGCAGCGCUGCACAGCACCGGGAGGAUCGUCUUUGGGUACAAGGAGAUCCCCGUGCCAGUCCUGCAGAUCAGUGCCACCCAGCACCCUGUGAAAGCCGGCCUCUCCGACGCCUUCAUGGUCCUCAACCCAUCUCCUGAUGUGCCUGAGUCCCGCCGUCGGACCAUCUACGAGUACCAUCGCGUGGAGCUGGACACCAGCAAGAUCACCAACAUGUCAGCUGUGGAGUUCGCCCCCCUGCCCACUUGUCUCCAGCAUCAGAGCUGUGAAAUGUGUGUGAGCUCGGAGCUGACCUUCAACUGCAGCUGGUGCCACGUCCUGCAGAGAUGUUCCAGUGGCUUUGACCGAUACCGUGAGGAAUGGUUGUCCUAUGGCUGCGGCCAGAAGUCUGAUGAGAAGACCUGUGAGGAUUUAGCAGCCGGUGAGCACUAUUCAGCACCUCCUGAGAGCUCUUCCUCACCGCUGGAGGAGGACUUCACCACCUCUACGUCCUCGCUCUUCAUUGACAGCCUCACUACAGAAGAUGACACGAAGCUCACUCAGUACGCAGGCAGUGAAGGGAUGGGAAGCAGCCUUCCUUCCACGAAAGCAGGCGCCCCGAUUCACACCGGCAUGAUCGUGGGGAUCGUCCUGGCCGUGCUGCUCAUCGCAGUCAUCAUCCUGGCUGGAAUUUAUAUCAACAGCCACCCCACUUCCACUGCUGCCCUAUUCUUCAUUGAGCGAAGGCCACAUCACUGGCCUGCCAUGAAGUUCCGAAAUCACACCAACCAUGCAACGUACUCCGAGGUGGAACCAGCCAGCCAGGAGAAGGAGGGCUUUGUGGAAGCAGAACAGUGCUGAGCGCUUCUCCCCCUGCGCCUCAAACCUCCCAUGUCUCAAGUGUUGGAGUCUUCUGUAAUUCUAUUGCAAAGUCUUUCCCCUCUUGGAAAAGAAAGAGCGAGUAGAGGCUAAAAGACCCAAUGAAGCAUUUGAAGAGUGAGUCGGGGUGAUGUGGGGCUGGAUUUGCCUGGAUUCCUCAUGGGAUAGCAAGAGCCUGCAGUGGUGGCAGUCGAUUGUGGCAUUGGACUGGCUGUAGCCUGGCACUGAAGGCCUGGAUACAGUGGUAGAAAGAAGCGCAGUCAGCUCUUCAGCUCAGAGAGGGGUUUAUGGUUUGUGGUUGUGUUUUUCCCCACUGUGUUGGCUGACCUCCUCCCUCCUCCACCGGGAGCCUUUCAGGAGCAGCAAAGCGGGGACAAAUCUUGUUAUGGGCAAAAUAUGGGGUUGCCUCAAGCAGAAAGCUCUUGGAGACAGGAAAAUCGAUGCUUUUUGCUGCACACUGGCACUGCCUGCACUCAGGAAAGCUGGGCUGGUUUGCUCCUUUCCAUGGAGAGGCUGGGGAGGUGCUGGUGGUGGCCCAGGAGAGGUAAAGCUGGCUCCCAGGGCUCACCAACCCUCUCCCAUCCCCUCUCUCCCACUUCCAAUCCUUUCUCUUCUCUUCCCUUCUAUCUGUGGCAGGCAACAUUUAGCUUUGUCUCUGCAGCUGAGAAGCCUGCAGUUGGUCUUCAACUCCCUGCCCUCCUCUCCUUUCAAAGCAACAGCUUCUACCCCUUGCCAGGGGGAAAGGGAAACCUGCUCUAUCUUAAUGGCAAAACCCUGCAGAGGAUUCUCCUUCAGGAUGUUUGUGAGCAGGUGGCUUUGAAGCACUUUUUGGCAUCUCAUUAGUUUGCUAAAUCACUAAUGAUAACCCUUGCCCAAAAGGAGACAGUGUGAAUAAGAAGCUUGGAUUCCUUCAAAACACAUCCUGGUGGUGUGGCCACUAAUCCAGCAGGAACAGAGUGGGAUUUGGUGGAGGAGGAUGGGGACAGCGUGCUUGUGAAACAGUGUCCUCCCACAGGCUCAAGCCUGAAGUAAAUCCGAACUCCUCCGUGGGCAUGUCACAUAAAUAAGGAGUGAAGGCACACGAUGGUGGCUUCACACCAUCCAAUAUCAUGGGUUUAGAGCCUUCUGAAGUCAGUGGAUUGUUUCUACUGCUUUAUUUUGCCUGUGAUAGGUCCCUGGUCUGGAUUUGUGCAUAUAAUAAUGAUUCCAGCCUCUGACCCUAGCGAAGGGCUUUGACAUGAGACCAUUCAGGCUUUUCUACUCCUUCUGUGCCAUCAGAAUGCCACACUAAUGCAGAAAUACUCUCCCCUACUUCCACAGGCAGAGCUUGGGCUCUAAACUGAGGAAAGCUCCUGUUAAAAUGAGGGAGACCAAAGCCCAGUGGAAGGCAAAAAUUCCACCCCCCCCCCAAAAAAAAAAGGUGUAUGGGGCUUUUUUCCCCUUUUUUAAUUAAUUUUCUCUUGAUCCUCAGUUAUUUAUUCUGAUAAUCAUGGGUUUGGUGCAUAUUUUACCCCCUGCCUGGUUCAGCUGCCAUUGAUGGUGGGUGCUGCCAAAGGCAGGGGCUGUCUAAUCCAUGUUUUCCUUCUCAUCUGCUGAGUCCUAUAGCCAUUAAAGAUAAGCAUGGCUGCUUUGUGGCAUUUCCACCCAGGUUCUACUUUCUCCUACAUAGCCACUAGGGAGACUUUUGCUGCAUCUUAUGGCGUAAAGGCACCAAAAUGCUCAAACUGGUUAAGUCAGAGUCGUGCUGAGUUGUUCCAGCCCAGACAGUCCCUCUUUAGACAUAGUUUGAAGAUAAACUUUAUGCCCAAAUAAAGCUUUCAGCUGGAAGGUUGCUUUUUCCCCUGUAUCCUUGAAGUAGAAAGAAUUCAGACGGAUGCUCUCAUGUAGUUUAUGCCCAGGAUCCGAUCUCCUUUGAAAUGGUUAUGAGCUCAUUAGGAAUUUUCUCUGGAUUUAACUCUCUUCAAACAAUGGCCUUGGUUUGACUGUUUUUCUCACCACGCAUACAUAGUAACAGGAAGAUUUUGGGUACCCGUCCUCAUCUACAACCCCUGGAAAUGCUGGGCAACAUCCAAGAGUUCUGAAAUGCUGUGAAUUUAAAAGAGAACAGACUUUAAAUAGUGUAUAAAGCUGUAUAAAACACUCUGGCAUUACUGCAGCCAAGGUCUUAGGAUUCAGAAGAGGAUCAGGUGCUCAGGUGGAGAAUAACAACAUCCAAGUGCCUCACACAGCAGCGGCUGAGAUAUGGAAAACAACUACACUGAGGGGAGAGGCCAAGUUCUGAGUGCCUGGAGGAAAAAAGGCUUUUUAAAAUUAUUCUUUUUCCUCUAAGGAAAGAAAGAAACCAAACCAGGCUGUUCUGUAGGCAUGCACCAGAUGUUUGCUCUAUCUUCCACGAAGGAAUAUGGUUUGAGGUAUUGUCAGGUAGAGCAUUAACAGCUCUAAUUCAUCAUCUCUAAGAUCCUGGGUCUUAGAUGGAGACGUUUCUGCCCGUAGUCAUGCUCUGAGCUGAAGGUUUGGAUCCAACCAGCAUCUCCCAGUGCCCAGCCUGGAGAAGCGAGGCACUUAUAUGCUGUGUCUCAAGGAGGAUAAAAUACUCUGUCCUACCUUUUGAUGUGAGGUCUAGCUCUGGGCACUUGAAGUUCACAUCUGGAAGAGUGGAAGAGAAGAGGUUGUCUAUUAAAUUCAGGAAAACCCAAUGGUAAUGUUGCCAGUGCCUAGAAGAAAGAGAAAAAUGCCUUUACCAUCAAGAAGUGCUGCUCUAAUGUUGAAGAGAAGAGGCUGGGUGCAAGUACAACGCUGGCUGCACCAAGGCAAAGGCAUCAGGAUCAAUAUCCCUGUCGUGUCUGUCAAACUCUGACUUCGAGAUGCUGGUUAAUCUUGCUAGUCUGGAGUGCUGGAGCAAGCACAUGAUGAUGGGGACUAUGACAUUAAAAGAGUUGGAUUUUGCUUUGAAUCCUAUGGCUUCUCUAGCCACAUUCUGGGCUUUCCCUCUGGAUUGGGAGGAACCCAGGGUUUGGGCUUGCUUCAGUCUGCAUAACACGUGUGUGUAUAUUGAGCUGUGUAAGUCAGAGCUCUAACAUGGGCUGUUGGCUGUGCCCAGCCCGGCGCUCAGCUGGUUAAAGAAGAUGCAAACCACAACCAAGUGCUGUGGCUCCUUGUUUGUCCUUCCAAGCACCGUGCCCCGGCAGGUUGUGGCAUCUGCUGAGAGGGUCAUUGGGGCAGAAGGCAGCUGCCUGUCAGCAGGCAGAAAAUGCCAUCAAGAAGCUGCUCCUUGGCCAUUCAGCAAGUGGGAAAACACAGCACAGGGUUUAUCAGAGACCAAUGCGAGGUGGGGUCUGCUCCUAUGGAAGUUGGAGGCUAAACCCCCCCAUUUGUGACAUCAGUGGGAGCAGGACCCUGAUCAAAACAUCUUCUCUUAAUAACUAAAGGCCUAUUUUCCACAUACUUGAAUUUACAGCACAGCUGGACUAUUUCGAGGGACUAAAGGCACUUUAACUGUCUUUUAAUGCAAUGUAUUUACUAUGGAGUAGCUGCAUGGAAUACAGUCUUAAUAUUAAAAAAGAAAAAUCCUC